UUUGGUGCACUACCGAGUACCGACUUUAUAGUCACUGAUUUUUUUUUUCAUAUUUGUAAAAUUGUCUAAUGUUUACCAUAAGAGUAUGAUACUUUAGGUCUUAAGAAUUAAGAGCGAUUAUAUUGUAAUGUUACUGUUCAACAAAAUAAUACGUCAACAUCGUAGCCAUUUGAUUGAUUUAAAAUCAUCCUCUGUAUGUUUGUAUUAAUGUAGGUAUGCUCAAGAAAUAAUUCCGGCGAUUUUUAUACUUCCAUAAUUACUAUGAUGUGCAGCAGCAACAACAGCAGCUAAUAUUUAUUGGUAACGGCUAAUUUGUAACAUUUUGUGAAGACAGAUUAAUUCAAAUGUCUAGUGAUAAUAUGUCCUCGAAUACAGAAGAUUUGCCAUUGGAUGCUGGUAAAGCAUUUCGCAUGAGUGACGGUGAUUGGAUCUGUCCAAACGCUCAGUGUGCAAACAUAAACUUUGCUCGUCGCACACAUUGUAACCGAUGUAAUAAGGAACGUGAAGAUUUACCAAUCAAGAAAAAAGCUGGUGCUGAAAUUGGUAAAGCAGCUGCUGAAAAGAGUAAAGGUCUGUUUUCUGCUGAUGACUGGCAAUGUAGUAAGUGUGGCAAUGUGAAUUGGGCACGUCGAUCUCAAUGUAAUAUGUGCAAUGCGCCUAAAUUUGCUGACCCAGAGGAACGUACUGGUUAUGGAGGUGGUUAUAAUGAUAGAGGCGUUGUUGAAUAUGUCAAACGAGAAGAUUCGGAUGACGAAUAUGACGAGUUUGGACGUAAGAAAAAAAAACAAAAACGAGGUAGUGGUUCUAUAAGUGAAGAUUCCAAUAGUCAAAAUGGCAGAGAAGAUAAUAAUGAUAGAGGAAAAAAUAAAACAUGGUCAAAUGCUAUUAUUGAAAAUGAUGAUGAUGAUGAAGACGACGAUGACGAUGAUGAUGAUGAUGAAGAUGGAGAUCUUUCAAAGUAUGAUUUGUCUGAAUGGGAUGACUUAGCAGCCCAAGCCAAAAGAGAUAGAUCAAGAUCAAGAUCACCAUUAAAAUAAUUAUGAUUUAAAUAUUUUUUAAAGUUAUGGCUAUUUACAACGUUGUUGACCAGUCUACAAUCAAUAUUUUCCAAUAAAUCAACUAUAUCACAAACUAAUUUAGUAAUUAGAUCAUAUGUAUUUCUGAUAUUUUAUUUAUUUUGAUCACUAUCAAUUUAUAUUUUAACCGUUACAUGUUUUUAUUUUACUUAUAUUAAUUAAUGUAAUGUAAGCAUAAAAAACCAAAAUACUAAAGUUAUGUCAUUAAAAUAAGUUGUACAGCUUUUUUUCAUUUUAAAUAUUUCCAAUUUACCUUGUUUUGGGAUAUAUUAGUAAUAAUAUAUUUUCUUUGUUUCACAAAAUUAAAAAACUUUUAUCUUAAUACUUUCACCAAUUUUUGACUAAUUAAAAUUUGUGUUAAUCUGUUGCAGUCAGUAUUAAUAUUUCUAUCCAGUUAAAUAAUAUAACAUGUAAUAUUGUAUUAACUUAGUACAAAUACGUUGAAUUCUAUUUAAUUAAAGCAUUGACUUCCAAGAAUUAAUUUGUUAUUAAAAUAUUUACAUAAACUUUACACUUUUGAUUGCUGACUACCUUUAUUUUGUGAGUUAAUUAUCAAGCAUUGAUUAUUAAUUAUUUCGUUUAAUUAUUGGAAAUAGACUUAAGUUGAAGUAUCAAUAAUAUAAUAUGUACCAAUUUGAAUAAUAUUUUUGUAUUUUUAUUGGAAUUAUUUUUUUUUCAUAAUUGUAAUUUUUAAAUAUGAUUACAUUAUUACUUGCAAGUAUUUUUACAAUUAAAACUUAAAAUUUAAAAUUUUUAGAUUAAAUUGACUGAAAUAAUAAUAAUACUUUCAUAUUAGUUAAAUAUGUCUUAAAUUGUAUAAUCUUGAUAUUACUCAUACAGUAUAAAAUUUAAACCAUCAACAUUUUUAAUACAAAAUUAUUAUCUGUGUACAAAAAAUUGUCAUAAAUAAUAUAACUUAUUGCAUUUUUAUGAUCAUAAUUCAAAUUUUUUGCAUCAUAAAUUAUUAUAAAAUGAUAUAACUGUAAAUGUUAAUAAAAAAAUUCAAUAUUAUUAUAUUAAUUUUUUUUUAAGACUUGUCCCUUGGCUAGUUUUUUUUAUAAAUUUAUAAUCAUAAAAAUGUAUAGUAUGUGCAUUUUUAUGUUCAAGAAUCUUUAAUUUAUUUCACAUAAAUUUAUCAAUUUUAUUAUAUUUUAAUACUUAUCAUUCAUUUUGUCUUUGUAAGUAUGGGUGUCUAGAUUUUUUUUUUUUACAUUAUCUAGAUGUAUUUAUAUUACCUACCAGAUAAAACUAAUCUUGGAAUUGAAAACAAAGUUACCUAUGUGAUUUUAAUUCUGGACAGGUAGAUUAAAAAUUACCCAAUUAAUAACACAUACCUUAAUCAUGUAAGCAAUCUAUUUUUUACAUGAAAUAAAAUAUAAAAUGAGAUAUUAA